CCUGCAUCCAGAUUCACCGCGUUCACUCUACGCACAGCACACGGCAGAUCAACUCUGAUCCUGGACCGGUCUGGACCAAAACCACUAAUCUGGACCAGGUCUGCGCCGGUCGGCGGACACACGUGGACAUGCUGGACCUAAACCUGGACCGGACCUGAAACCUGGUUGAGGACAUGACGCCUCCAGCCCAGCUCCAGACCCUGAUGGUAGUGGUGGUCCUGAUGGAGGUCCCAAACCAUGUAGGUCUUCUUCGUCUUCCUCCUCCUCUCAGAGUCUCCAUGAAGUCCAUCAACAUGAGACACACUCUGACGUGGCGCCCCCUGCAGGCCGCCUGCAACACUACAGUCCUGUACUCGGUCCAGUACCAGGGGGAGUUUGAGCUGCAGAUCCUGAACGGCCACUGGGUGGACGCUCCGGAGUGUCGGCAGAUUCCCGACACGCGCUGCGACCUGACCUUUGACCUGGGGUCCGAUUCCGACUACAACGUCCGGGUCCAGGCUCAGUGCGGACAGGACCUGUCCACCUGGACCCAACUGGACCGGACCUUCAACCGGAGACACACCGUCCUCACAGCUCCAGAGAUGGCGGUGGCAGUGGUGGGCGGUACUCUUCAGGUGUCCUUCAGCAGCCCCCCCCUCAUGGCCUCCAUCAGGGUGACGGUGUGGAGGAAAGGCCACGAGCAGCGGGUUGGACUUCACAUCUUCAUCCUCUCUUCUUACUCUUCUAUUAUUCCUGCAGAGCAGACAGAGUUGAGUGUCACCGCCCUGGAGGAAGGAGUGGUGUACUGCAUCAGAGCUCAGACUGUUGUGGACUCAGACCUCCAGAGCAGCAGCAGUGAUGCCUACUGCCAGUCCAUUCCAGGUUCAGGUGCAGAAGGUUUGUGGAAGAAGCCGACCACUGUGGCGUUCACGGUCAUCUGCACGGCCGGCUUCCUGUUCGCGGUGUUCUGGUCCAUCAUUCACUGUCCUCCAGGAACCUUCCUGAAACUUUUCCACAAAGAACCCCUUCCCCUUUCGCUGGUCAGUAAACAUCGACAGUCACAUCUGGAAACCAAGUUACUUGGAUUCAAACACGUUUACUGGGUUACAAGAUCCUUAAAUAUACUGCUGAUUUGGACUUUCCGAAUUAUAUCAUUCAGAAGUGGUUGAACAACACAGCUGGUUUCACAACUUAUUUCAUUAGUUGAAAAAUGUUUUGGUCGACUUUUUAUCCAAUCCUGAGUAAAAGUCCUGGUGCAACAUUCUGUUUGUUGGUUUAGUAAAGUUCUAAUGUCCACAUAUGCAUUAGAUCCAAUCUGAUAGAUGUGAAGGAUGAACAAGGGAGGAAGGAAAACUACAGUUCAAUGGAAAAAAACAGCUUCUAUAAACCACAGCAGUCAUAUUUACUGUGACCUCUCUUUAACUUUAACAUGUUUUCAACCCUUUGGUUCAGAAAAUAGGAGAUUUAUGGCACAAAUUCACUGAUGUUUCACACAAAAAUGAGCA